GAGUAUCUCUUCCAUCUGCUUCUAAAGGUUCUAUUACUAAACCUGGUCACCGAGGUGGAAGCCGAUUUGCUGGAUCUGCUAUAAUACGCUUGAUCCUGCUUGCCAUGGGUCUCCUCGACCAGUUGUGGGAUGACACCGUUGCCGGGCCGCGGCCGGACAAUGGUCUCGGCAGGCUCCGGAAGCACAACACCUUCAGUUAUCGAGAGAGUUCCGGCAAGGAGUCAGAUGCUGGGACCGUGAGACCGUAUGACGAGUCCUCGGACGACGCGGUGAGAGUAACACGUAGUAUCAUGAUCGUGAAGCCGCCGGGGUACCAGAGUGGCUCGCCUCCGGUUUCGCCAGCUGGGUCUACUCCGCCGGUCUCUCCGUUUUCGGGUAAGGGGGUAGAGAACCCUUCCGGUUUCGAAGAAGGUCGACAUCGGAUGCGUACGAGAAGGGAGGCGAGAACAAAUCAAGCCCUUCUCCUCCUUUCGAUGUCUGAGAAGUAGUAUCUCACAACGACGGAAGCACGAAGAUGUUCGAUCCGUGAUGCUGCCGGUGGAUGUAUCCAUUUUUGUGUUAGAUGUGCGCACGCUUAGAUGAGAUGAAGUGGUGCCGUGGGUUGUGAAGUCUGGAGUGGAGCGUAGGUGUGGUGAGCUAUGUAGGUGUCCCGAAGGAGUAGUAUUAAAUAGAGAAUUAUGUGUAUGUGUGUGAUGCCUUUCCUUUUCAGUUUUCGUUGGUUGGUACUGUUCUAGAUUUCUCUUCUGCCUGUAAGUUUUUCGGCCUGAAUAGUUAACAAUCUGAAGUAGUUUCUCGAUC